AAUAAAUGCAAACUUAUAAUUAAAGAAAAAUUCUAGCCUGAUUUUAGACGUUUACAAAGAGUUUAGACGGGUAUCACAAAAAGGUUACGAACUACCAUCAUGUGCCCUUUUGAAGUCUUCCAAGAAACAGAGAAAUUUUUUCAAAUUUUGCACUGCAGUACAAAAACAUUAAGUUUCUUUACGUAGAAUAUUGUUGUGUUUCAGAUAGAAUGAAUUUGUAUUGUGAUUACGAAGAGGAUGAAGGAUUUCUACCCGGCGGGGAGAGGGGAAUGGAAGACUCAAGAUUAUUAGAUGCGGCAGAAACAUUAGUCACCCUUCAAACAAGUGAUCUGGGAUCCUCCAAUAAUCCUCUUUUUGGAACAAAUCUAACAGUCCUUCAAAACUCUGAACCCUUCAGAGAUGAUAAGAGAACGUAUCAAAUUCUUGGAGACAUGCAACCUUCUCACUUCGAUUCGCAGACAUUGGAGGACGAUCCUCUUUUUCUUCCAAACAGUUCCAGUUCCAUCGGUGAUCAGCAGGAAGUUGUUGAGAAGACUGAGAUGCUUCGUGUUGGGCCUCUUUUCCUCAAAUCUUCAAUUCUAGAAGAUAUUCUUAGUGAAAGAAAACAGGAACUAAUGGAGCACCCGCAAGUGAAGGAGUUUUUAGCAAAAAAAUAUCAUUAAUUUUUUAGAAUCCGUUUUUUAAUAUUUAAAGAAUAUUUUGAAGUUUCUACUUAAAGCAGAAGAGAUGUAUAAACCAUGUCCUAACAAUAUGUGUAAUUCCAAGUUUCAUACAUAAAGAAAAUAUAAAGUAUAAUUCUCUGUUAAUUAAUAAAUUUUAGAUAGACAUUA